AGGCUCGGAUCCUAUCCUACGGGGUAACGAUAGACUAUAUUAUAGGCCACAUACACUAACACAGGCGGCUAUAGCAUCCGAAGAGGAUGGAUGAAAUGAGUGAUCGACAAAGGAGUCUACUCUCAAAGGCUCAAAUACAAGAUUUCCCUUCAGUAUAUAUUCUGUUAUCGAUUCAAGGUCACAAAGAAAUCUCUUGGUAUCUAUUAUUACCAACCUCAUCAUCAUAUAUCCGUAUUCCAUAUUUCACGACGUUCACUCCAUAAAAUAUGUCUGAGGCUGGCCAAGGUAUUUCGUCUAGGGGUCUUGCGGCCGUUAUCUGGACACUAGCCGGCGUAUCGACUGUGUUGCUCGCCGGCCGCUUAUUCAUCCGAAGCAUUUUACUGAAAAGUUUCCACUUGGAUGACAUUUUCGGGGUCAUAUCUUGGCUACUGAUGAUUAUUGGUAUGAGUAUUGCGACAUUUGAGCUCCCACUGAAUUAUCAAUAUUCUUCAAUUUUGAUAGGCGAGUCUCCAGCACCCCCUGAGUCCGAACUCGCAAACAUGGCCAUCAGGCUACGCAAGUGGGAUAUAGGCAACGAGACGUGCUUCUGGACAUCGCUUUUUUGUGUUAAGCUUUCCUUCAUGUUUCUCUAUAAAAUUGUUUUUUGUCCCCACAGCAAGUACAAACGUGUCUGGUUAUGGGGUUUAAUUUACAUCGUGCUUUGUUAUGGCACUGUCCUUAUCGGUGUAUACGGUCAGUGUGGUGACGCAAUGAAUUUAUUCUCUUACGAGCAGUGUAGAACGCCCUACGUUGCAUUGCUCAACUCCAGGAUAGUCUGGAUUGAUUUCUUCUUCAAUGUUACAUCUGAUAUUGUUGUAAUUGCUCUUCCGAUGCCUGUGAUUUGGCACUUGAAUAUGGGCACGAAGCAGAAGCUAGCCGUCUCUGCAAUUUGUAGCCUGGCAAUGAUUACAAUUGCAUUUGAGACACUGCGAACCGUAAAACUACACCAAUUGGACAAUCACCUCACCAUCUUCUACAGCUAUCUCGAACUGCUGGUGUCUGUGCUUAUCAGUCAGUUACCGUCAUACCGCUUCUUAGUUUCUCCUUCAGACAAGGACCGCGAACACCGCCGCCUAUUUUGGAGUCAUGUUACUAUGAGGGGUUACAACUCUGACUCCUUGGAAUACUCUAUGCAAGACUUGGACCGAACACCACGUGCGACCGAAUCGCGGGGGACUACCUACAGUACUACUAGAGGUCUAGAGGUGCCACCUAUAGUAUAAAUUAAUGCUAGAUAAUAAUUCCUAAUGGCACUAUUUACAUAGUAUACAUGAUGUUAGAACAGCAAGAAAGUUGACGUGGUAUAAUUCGCGUUUUUGCAG